AUGAGAUAUUCGGCGUUGAUUCACAUUGUUUUCAAUACACCGGUUUUGAGCCUGCGAAGACAUUUCGGUACCACUUCGCUGACCAUGAAACGCACUAGGCGACGAGUCAACCCGACUCCAACAGUUGACAUUGAGGAUCUGGUUUCCGAGCUUUGCUGGCAACCGCCUGACUGGUUUUCCACCUUCGAGAACAUCUUGUUAAUGCGCAAAAAAGCCGACGCUCCUGUCGACUCAAUGGGCUGUCACACCCUGGCUGAUAAAAAUGUUGAUCCCAAGACCUUCCGAUUGCAGACCCUCCUCGGUUUGAUGCUCUCCUCACAGACGAAAGACGAGGUGACGUCCAGCGCGAUGGCUCGUCUAAUUGACCGUGGUGUUGCCAAUCUCACCGCUUUGCGCAAUAUCUCAGAGACCGAUUUGGCUCAACUCCUUCAACCCGUGUCAUUUUACAGGACAAAGGCGAAGAACAUUAAACGGGUUGCACAAAUUUUAACCGACGAUCACGAUGGCGACAUUCCGAAGUCAUUAGCAGGUCUUCUCGCGUUGCCAGGCGUUGGACCGAAGAUGGCGCAUCUCACCAUGAAGUUUGCAUGGGAUCAGGUAACGGGCAUCGGAGUGGAUACACACGUUCAUCGGAUCGUCAACCGAUUGCAUUGGGUGCCCAAACAGACAAGGAGUCCUGAGGAGACGCGUGUCGCUUUGGAGAGUUGGCUUCCACGCGAUCUGUGGGCAGACGUGAAUCAACUGCUGGUGGGUUUCGGUCAGAAAAUUUGCCUACCCACUCGACCAAAGUGCUCCUGCUGUCUGAACGCUCCCACCUGUCCCUCUGCGUCGAAAUACACCUCCACCAGUACGAAGAGGCGCUGCAAGGCGAAAAUCCCACCUUUUGAGGAGGUGGGACCGGAUGCGGAGCAAACGGAUUCGGAGGCGGAGGAGGAGGAGGAUGAUGAGGAAAAAGUGGUAGAGUCAGUGAACAGUGAGGCAGAGGUGCAAAUCAUCGGUGAAUGCCUCAGACGCAAGGCACCGCGAAGAUAG